AUGCAAAACCCCUCAAAAAUCAGAUUUGGGAGUAAAAGAGACCUCUCCCCGACCAAACCUGAGAAGAUCCUCAUUAAGAUGACCAAUAACCCAUUCCAAGCCAGGAAUAAACCCAAGGGCAGGCACAGAGGGAGUAAGAGGAACAGGAGCGAUAAGAAUGACAGGAAUAGUAGUCCUCAGAGGAUCGACUUGAUCGGAGCUGGAGUCAAGUAUUUUGAUAAAACAAGGUGUGAGCAACUUAAUUGAGAUUUGAAAACAGUGAGAGAUCCUAUGAAAAUUUCAACAAGCAAGCUAAAGUUAACCCCUACAUAUGAUAAUGUGAGGAAACCUCCUGUUGUAGAAACCCAGAAAGCAGCUGAGAUGAAGAAUGUAUGUGGGAAAGAUUUUAAGAUUAAAGAUAUGGGGUUUAAAGAAAAUAGCAAUCUGAAUAGAAAGGAAAAAUUUAAUAAAAUUAUCAUUCUUAGCAACCGGAAAUCAGACACAGCUGUUAAAGACAAGAUGGAGAGCAUUGAAGAAAUCAGUAUCAGAGAUGCAGAUAACUCCAAUUUCAAAAGUAUUGAUAGAACUUCAGAGAAAGCAUCAGCAAACUCAACUACUGAAAUGAAAAGUAGCCACGUAUUUCACCCAAUCGAGACAUCUCAGAGCGAAGAGAAGAUAAGAUUUAUUAAUGAAUAUAUCAACUGGCAGACUAACGAGAGAAAAUAAUUCAGGACCAGCAAUAAAUAUUCCAACAGGAAGAGCCCAAGAUAAUGCUGAUUUAAUAGGAGAAACAGUUCUUAAACAAAAGCAAAGCAUUCCUUUAAAGGCAUCUCCUGCAAAGAUAUCUAAAAUUGAUGCAAUUUCAUGGAAUUUCAAAGAGAGUUUUAACAGCAGUAUGCCUAUCCCAUGAUUCCUCAAUACCCGCUCAGGGAAAAGUCUUUUAAAUAAAGUCCCUCAUAAAACAAUGAGGGAUACCUCUCCUCGCAAAUUAAUCCCUAUUCCAAAGACUUCUGGAGAGAACAUGAUUAUUGGCCUCAAGUAUAAUAUUUCUCAACAGAAUUUCGAUGUCAAAAAUAACAAUGAUCUCAAAGGAAAGCAUUGAAGGAGAAGCGAGAGUGUUCCUAGUAAAAACACCAAACUUAUUGAACCUAAACCAUAUAUAACAGCUAUCCCUAAGCAUCCAAUCGGCAUCAAAAGUGCAAGAUUUGGGCUCCCGAUGAUCACUGAGCCAAGCGAGGUUGAGAAAUUGGUGUUUAAUUCUGAAUACAAAAGAGAUCCUCACUUCUUACUAAAAUAUGGGAAUAGAACUGUUGAUUUCAAUAGUCAUAAGAUCAAUAUACAGAAGAUAAAGCAGAUGGAAAUUAAAGAGAAAAGGGAACGUGUGAGGAACUUGAGAAGGGAGAGACUUAUCCAAAGUCAGGUUGCUAAUUACAUAAACCAUAUCAAACAGGAACAGAAGAGAAAGGCUUAUGAAUUCAAUGGGCAAGUUCCAAUAGUAAUAGACUCAGAAUUACCACUAGUCAACUUAAAGACAUCUAGAAAAUCUUUUGGCCCCCUUGAUUACAACACAUUAGUCGAUUACUACUUUCCAGACGAAGAAAAGGAUAUUCCUCUGAGUCAGAUGUACACUAAAACUGCAAAGAAGAGAAAAAUACGCUCAUUAAAGAAAAAGAGAAAAACAAGACAAAAACUACUAAAAUCCCUCGGAAUCAACCACAAAAUCUAUUCUGAAUAACCUCCAAUCUUCUUC